AUGUCCUUGCACUUCGACGGGUGCCCAGGUGCGUGUCCCUGUUCUUCUACUCCGACGGCCAGCUACCCAGAAGUUCCCCUGCUUCCUCUUCGAUUGGCAGCCAAACGGCACACAACUGCGAGCAUGGUAGCGUGUGAAGCACUUGAACCCGCUUGGAUCACGGCAAGACAGAUAGAAGCAGUACGAAGAGCAAUAACACGAUAUGCACGUCGUGGUGGAAAAAUAUGGGUACGUAUAUUUCUCGACAAACCGGUUACACUAAGACCCACGGAAACACGUAUGGGCUAG